AUGCAAACGCAUCGUUCUCAACACGAGGCUUCCGAAUUAAGACUAUACGUCGAUUCGUUUGUGGAUGAUAGAGAAAAUAGCGUCAUCGGCAAAAAAAUUGGUCGCAUCGUUCGAGAUAUCGAAAGUGAUAGCGAAAUCAAAAAAACAACACACGAAAGGAAAAAUACUCGUGAAACCUUAAACGUAACAUUAUUUGGAAAAACCGAUUUCUGUACGGAUGAUCCUCCAGCUAUGUUAGGACCACACUCCGGUCUAGCAACAUUAACAAAUUUCGAAAACAAUUAUGCUACGUUUGCAACAUUGAAAGCAGUAGUCGAUGUUAAAAAAUAUGACAUGAUCAGCGCGAAUCUACAAGAGAACAUCAAAAGUCAUCUGCAAAUGCUCACCGAAGAAUUCCGUCGUUACUUUCCGGAAUAUAACUGGACUGAAUCGAAAGGUGCCCAAAAGCUGAUCCGCAAUUCUUUUGAUAUUACUGUUUAA